AUGUCUAGAGUCAACUACGCUGAUCUUGAACGAGGUAAUUUUUCAGACGACUCGUAUGACUCUCAUGACGAAGAGGUGUACUCGAAGAAAAAUGAUGAUGAUUACGAGUAUGGUGGACAGAGCAGGAAGAGAAAGGCAGGUGCAUCGAGGCAACGGCAAUCCAAAAAAUCUGCCAACGAUACUCCAUCAGUAGCUCAGCGGAAAGUCAAGGUUCAGGAGGCUGUGGAAACCAUCAAUGACCAACUCAGUGAUGACGACUUCCCUAAUGAGCAGUUAGUGGAGGUAACCCCAGAAAUACCGUCUGACUACGUGCCUGAUGCCGUAUCUAAGGUAUUCGGCAGACUGGACUUUUCAUACCUCAAGCUUAAACCUGACCAUUUCUCCCGUCCCAUCUGGAUUACUCCCACUGACGGCAGAAUCAUUCUCGAGUCUUUCUCGCCUUUAGCGGAGCAAGCACUGGAUUUCCUCAUUACAGUUGCUGAACCAAGAUCCAGACCGUCUCACAUUCAUGAAUAUUCCAUUACUUCCUACUCAUUGUACGCUGCUGUUGUUGACAAGACUAUCGAAAACCCCGUGCCAGACUCCUUCUUGAAUUUCAUCCGGCAGGCCACCAUCAAGUUUGGUAAAGUCAAGCUAGUUCUUAAGCAUAAUAGGUAUUUCGUUGAGAGUACUCAAGCUGAUAUCCUACAAAUGCUUCUUACGGACCCUGUGAUCGGGCCUCUUCGAAUCACCACAGAGAAUGAGAAGGCAAAUGACGGUACCGAACAAAGGGCUGAAGUGAAGGAAGGGGAGAACGUCAAUGGAGGGAAUGCUGGUGAAAAGAAGGUGGAAGCUAUUUUUGACUCUGUAGUCGGCAAGAAAUCCGAGGAAGAGGAUGAUGAUUUGGACGCCGUGCAUUCUUUUGAAAUUGCAAGUGACUCGGUCGAAAUCGUGAAAAAACGUCUUUAUGAAAUUGAAUACCCAGUUCUAGAAGAAUACGAUUUCAGAAACGAUAAAAGAAAUGCCAAUUUGGAGAUUGACUUGAAACCUUCCACGCAAAUCAGACCUUACCAAGAGAAGUCGUUGUCCAAGAUGUUUGGUAAUGGUCGUGCAAGAUCAGGCAUUAUUGUGUUGCCAUGUGGUGCUGGUAAGACGCUUGUGGGAAUUACUGCAGCUUGCACUAUCAAGAAAUCUGUGAUCGUGUUGUGUACUUCCUCAGUCUCGGUGAUGCAAUGGCGACAACAGUUCAUGCAGUGGUGCACAAUUCAGCCGGAAAAUAUUGCUGUCUUCACUUCUGAAAAUAAGGAAAUGUUUUCCAGUGAUGCCGGCUUGGUGGUCUCAACCUACUCAAUGGUUGCCAAUACAAGAAAUCGUUCACAUGACUCUCAGAAGGUUAUGGAUUUCUUGACAGGUCGAGAAUGGGGUUUUGUUAUUCUCGACGAGGUGCACGUCGUUCCUGCUGCAAUGUUUAGAAGGGUUGUCAGUACAAUUGCUGCACAUGCAAAGCUUGGUUUGACAGCGACUUUGGUUCGUGAGGAUGAAAAAAUUUACGAUUUGAAUUUCUUGAUUGGACCAAAGUUGUAUGAAGCAAACUGGAUGGAGCUUGCUCAAAAGGGUCAUAUCGCCAAUGUGCAAUGUGCGGAGGUUUGGUGUCCAAUGACUGCAGAAUUCUACCAGGAAUACCUCAGAGAAUCUUCUCGUAAGAGAAUGCUUCUUUACAUCAUGAACCCAACUAAGUUCCAGGCAUGUCAAUUUUUGAUCCACUACCACGAGAAGAGAGGUGAUAAGAUCAUUGUUUUCAGUGACAAUGUUUAUGCAUUACAGGAGUAUGCUCUCAAGCUAGGGAAACCUUUCAUUUAUGGCUCUACACCCCAACAAGAACGAAUGACAAUUUUGCAAAAUUUUCAACACAACGACCAGGUCAACACAAUUUUCCUUUCAAAAGUUGGUGACACAUCUAUUGAUUUGCCUGAGGCUACCUGCUUGAUUCAAAUCUCUUCUCAUUAUGGAUCGAGAAGACAAGAAGCACAAAGACUUGGGCGUAUUUUGCGAGCCAAAAGACGUAAUGACGAGGGUUUCAACGCCUUCUUCUACUCAUUGGUCUCGAAGGACACACAGGAGAUGUAUUACUCCACGAAACGUCAAGCAUUCCUUGUUGACCAGGGUUAUGCAUUCAAGGUUAUUACACAUUUAUCGGGAAUGGAACAACUUCCAGAUUUAGCAUAUGCAUCUCCUCGUGAGAGGCGAGAGCUUUUACAACAGGUGCUACUUAAGAAUGAAGAUGCUGCAGGUGUGGAGGUGGGCGAUGAUGAGGACACUAACUUCAUGCCCAAAGCCGGCAGGCCAAAGGGUGAAUCGAGCAGUGCAUCAAGAAGCGCCGGAUCUCUUGCUGGCUUGGCUGGCGGUGAAGACAUGGCAUACAUUGAGUACAGCAAAAACAAGAACAAGGAGUUGCGGGAGCAUCAUCCGCUCAUUCAGAAGAUGUACUACAAAAAGAAAAGGUGA